AUGUCCAUAGCCAUUUGCUCAAAUACCCCUGGUGCAUACCCUGAAAUCGGAGUUUGUAAAGAAAUGGAUAAGCAGCUAGAAUCAGGCGAAUUCUCCACUAAUUCUUCUUUGACAUUGAAUAAACCAGAUGUUCGCCAAUAUUGGUGUUCCGUUUCCUCUCAUAUUUCACACUCAAGUGACACAAAUUCAAAUGGAGAAGGAGAAAAAUUUUAUAAUUCAAAUGCUUGUCUCUCAGGAUCCUCGCAGAACGACAGUGACGGUGAAAAAUUUUCUUCUGCAGUCUGUGAAGAUACGAUGGGCAGUAACCCUUCUCUUCCACUAGUUGAAAAAUAUAACAUUUUUCCCACAAAUAGUGUUCUUCCUGAACAGAACGAAUUUGAUUGCGACACUUCUUCCUCACGGGACGCUAAAUCACGGGUUUCUUCAGGAAUCGAAAUCUCCUCCGAAAUUUCUUCUGAAAUUUUAAAUAGCACAUCACCAGACAGAAAUUCGGAGUUUAACGACUUUACUGAACCACCUCCCUCACAAAAUCAAUCCGUUGACCUUUCUUUCAGUCAGUCAAAUGAUUUGGAGUUUUUGAACGACGCAAGUGGUUCGGGCUCUUCAAAUGACAUCAAUAGAAGUUCGAGUUCCAUAUCACUUCCUAAGAAUUUGUCACUGGACUUUAAUGUUUGCAACGAUCUUUGCUUCACGAACGAGGCCAUUGCGUCUGAAUCACAUAAUGUGGCAAAAUUUCACCUUGGUGAGGGGAACAAAAAAAGCUUGUUACCAAGAUGGAAAACUAUCGAAAUGUAUGGAGAAGCAGUUAAGAAAACUCGUGACAUAUAUUCCACUUUUCAGUAUGCACAAUACAUUUUGAAGAUAGGUUUGGAUAAAGAAAAACUCCAAGAACUCGUCAAGGAACGGGAGAUUGGAAGCAGUAGCUUUACUGUUGACUCUUUAAAAGAAUCAUUGUUGAACCACGCGAAGACCCUUCUAAAGAAACUAAGUGCUGUUGGGUAUCCAGAUGCGCAGUAUCUUUUAGGUGAUGCAUACUCCUCUGGUGUUUUUGGUAUGAUAAAGAAUAGAAGGGCAUUUCUUUUGUUUUCAGCCGCCGCCAAAAGACUACACAUUGAAAGUAUUUACAGAACAGCCAUUUGUUAUGAGUGUGGUUUAGGUGUAGCCAGAAAUGCACCAAAGGCGGUUAACUUCCUAACCUUUGCAGCAACCAAAAAUCAUCCGGCUGCAAUGUAUAAACUGGGAGUGUAUUCUUAUCAUGGUUUGAUGGGCCUUCCUGAUGAUAUUCUAACGAAAAUGGAUGGUUAUAGAUGGUUACGAAGGGCUACAUCCAUAGCCAACAGCUUGAUUUGUGGUGCUCCUUUUGAGUUAGCCAAUAUAUAUAUGACAGGAUUCAAUGAUCUUAUUAUUUCAGAUCCAGAUUAUGCCAUGACACUGUACAAGAAGGCAGCAAUCUUAGGUCAUGCUGAAUCGACAAGACUGCUAGCAGAAGCUCGUAAAAAUGGAGGGUUAGUUCUGCAAGAGAGUCCUGAAUCAACACAAAAGUAUUGUGAGCCCUCGAAUGAAGUUGUGGCGUCCAGAAAGCUGAUUUAA